UCGUGCGCUCAGUAACCGACAGAUAAAUUCGCGGCGCGCAUCUCGCGUUGCGCGCGCGCGCGGCGGUAGUGGUAGUGUAGUGAAGUGAGGUACUGAUACUGAUGGUCAUUAGCGUUACGUUAGUCGUGUCGGGACCACCGAGCGGUGCGGAUGUUGUAUCAUACGUCGUGCGUGUCAACAUUAUUGUUUCGAUCGCGUACGUGCCAGUGACACUUGGCGGUUGCUGCCCGCGGAGAGAGACAUGCAGGAUCGACGCUGAGAGAUACAUAUAUGCAUAAACACGUCACGAUACGUCACAGUAUAGCCAUGAAUAAUUCACUCAGCUAAAGUGGCCCACAUAGGAGUUUCUCCGACUUUGAGGCAACGAGGGAGACUAAAACAACGGCAUCGAGAUGGGUGAGCUUUUAGGAUCCGCGAGCUUUCUUCACCUCGGCGACAUAGUCAGCCUCUAUGCCGAGGGAAAUGUAUCCGGGUUCCUUUCCACUUUGGGAUUGGUCGACGACAGGUGUGUAGUAUGUCCCGAAGCUGGAGAUUUAUCAAACCCACCGAAGAAAUUCAGAGAUUGUCUCUUCAAAAUAUGUCCCAUGAACCGGUAUUCCGCCCAAAAGCAAUUUUGGAAGGCAGCGAAACAAAGCGCGAGUUCGGGUACAGACGCUGUAUUACUCAAAAGGCUUCAUCAUGCGGCUGAAAUCGAGAAAAAACAAAAUGAGACUGAAAACAAGAAAUUAUUGGGCACCGUGGUUUCGUACGGUAACGUCAUACAGUUACUGCAUCUCAAAUCCAACAAAUUCCUGACGGUGAACAAGAGGCUGCCGGCGUUGCUGGAAAAGAACGCAAUGAGAGUUUAUUUGGAUGCGAACGGAAACGAGGGCUCGUGGCUUUACAUAAUGCCAUUUUAUAAGCUGCGAAGCGACGGCGAUAGCGUCGUCGUCGGCGAUAAAGUGAUCUUGGAGCCGGUGAACGCGGGUCGCCAGGGUCUUCACGUGGCCGCCAAUUACGAAUUGAGCGACAAUCCAGGCUGCAAGGAGGUCAACGUCGUGAAUUUGUCCACCUCCUGGAAAGUGACCCUCUUUAUGGAACACCGAGAGAAUCAGGAGGAGAUCCUCAAGGGUGGCGAUGUCGUGCGACUGUUUCACGCCGAGCAAGAAAAAUUUCUGACAAUGGACGAGUAUAAGAAGAAGCACCACGUGUUUUUGCGGACAACGGGCAGGACCAGCGCUACUGCGGCUACCAGCAGCAAGGCUUUGUGGGAAGUCGAGGUGGUACAACAUGAUCCGUGCAGAGGAGGCGCCGGGCAUUGGAAUUCACUUUUUAGAUUUAAACAUCUAGCGACUGGUCAGUAUCUUGCCGCUGAGAUUGAUACGGAUGAGCCACGAGAACCAGUAAAAGGGAAGCGCGAUCCACCUGGACCAGUGUAUAGAUUAGUGUCGGUGCCGCAUAGCAACGAGAUUAGCUCAUUAUUCGAAUUGGAUCCUACAACUUUAACUCGAGGAGAUAGUCUAGUUCCGCAAUCGUCCUUUGUUAGAUUACAUCAUAUAUGCACAAAUACUUGGGUUCAUUCAACAAGCGUACCGAUUGAUAAGGAUGACGAGAAGCCUGUGAUGUCGAAGGUCGGUUGUGCGAUCAGCAAAGAGGAUAAGGAGGCCUUCGCUUUGAGAUCCGUGUCGCCGGUCGAAGUGCGCGAUUUAGAUUUCGCAAACGACGCCUGCAAGGUAUUGACGGCUAUGAGCAGCAAACUGGAAAAGGGAACAAUUUCGCAUAACGAACGAAGAGCUGUUAUUAGCUUGCUGCAAGACAUUGUAUACUUUAUAGCUGGUUUAGAGAACGAACAGAAUAAAUCUGAGGCAUUGGAAUUAAUUGUUACGAAUGCUGUGAGGGACCGUCAGAAAUUAUUGCGCGAGCAGUACAUCCUUGGACAGCUGUUCAAAAUAUUGCAGGCUCCAUUUUUGGAAUCUGCAGAGGGUGAAGGACCGUUUCUUAGGAUAGAUGAGCUUAACGAUCCGAGACACGCGCCAUACAAGUAUAUGUUUCGUCUGUGCUACCGAAUACUCAGGCUCUCUCAGCAAGAUUACAGAAAGAAUCAGGAAUACAUUGCUAAACAUUUUGCGUUUAUGCAAAAACAAAUCGGCUAUGAUAUACUGGCGGAAGAUACCAUCACCGCGCUUUUGCACAAUAAUAGAAAAUUACUAGAGAAACAUAUAACAGCUGCUGAAAUAGAAACAUUUGUGGGUCUUGUUAGAAAAAAUAUGCGUAACUGGGAAUCGAGAUUUCUCGAUUAUUUGUCGGAUUUAUGUAUAUCUAAUAAAAAAGCAAUAGCUGUAACACAAGAAUUAAUUUGCAAAAGCGUGCUUAGCGAAAAGAAUAAGGAUAUUUUACUAGAAACAAAAAUGGUGAAGACUCAGGUAGAAGUUGAAGAUAUUGACGAGAAGCAAGAAAAUGCCGAACCAAGAAUUACUGUUAUAGAAGAAUUUGAAGUUGUAUUGGAAUGGGAUAAUGGAACCAAAUCAAUGUCUUUGAGUGAACUAUCUAGAGGAGCGAAAAUGGGAAAUGUUCAAGAUGCUGCAAUACUAGAUUAUUACAGACAUCAAUUAAAUCUCUUUAGUAAUAUGUGUUUGAAUAGGCAAUAUCUAGCACUAAAUAAUCUAUCACCACAUUUGGACAUAGAUCUUAUACUUAAAUGUAUGGAAGAUGAAACAGUGCCAUACGAAUUACGCGCAUCAUUUUGCCGACUUAUGCUACAUCUUCAUGUAGAUAGAGAUCCGCAAGAACAAGUAACUCCUGUAAAAUAUGCUCGUCUUUGGUCUGAAAUUCCGUCAAAAAUGAGCAUAAACGAUUAUGACGCGAAUAAAAUACCGGAUCACAAUAAAGAAGCUGUUCGUACUAAAUUUAGUUCGACAAUCAUGUUUGUUGAGGAUUAUCUCUGUAAUGUUGUUGCGAAAAUGUGGUCUUUUGGAGAUCAAGAACAGAAUAAGCUCACAUUUGAGGUUGUUAAAUUAGCACGUGAUCUAAUUUACUUUGGAUUCUAUAGUUUCAAUGAUUUAUUAAGUUUAACAAAGACGUUGCUUAGUAUCUUGGAUUGUAUAUCAGAGAAUGAAUCUACCGAUGGAAAAAUACCUACAGGCGAUAUUGAUUCUGAUACAGUGGAUCCUGAGGAGGCAGCUGAAGGAGGUAUUCUUAGAUGUAUUGGCGACAUGGGUGCUGUGAUGACAAAUUUAACAUUAGGACCAGCCGGUCAAGUGCUACCCAGUUCUUCUCCAAGACCAAAGCCACUAAUGAAGAAGGAAUAUCCUUUGGUGAUGGACACAAAACUUAAGAUAAUCGAGAUAUUGCAGUUUAUUCUGGAUGUUCGAUUGGAUUAUAGAAUCUCUUGUCUCUUGAGCAUAUUUAAACAGGAAUUUGAUGAGACGGCAUCUGCUUCCGAGAAGACUGGAGAUGUGAUUUUAGGACAAAAGACUAUUGAUUUAGAAGCAAUCGGCGCACAUGCGGAAGGAAUAUUUGGAAGCAGUGAAGAAUGUGCAGCACUAGAUUUAGAUGGUCAAGGAGGCAGAACAUUUUUACGUGUUCUGCUGCAUCUAGCAAUGCACGAUUAUCCUCCAUUAGUUUCUGGAGCCUUACAUUUAUUGUUUAGGCACUUUAGCCAAAGACAAGAAGUUUUACAAGCAUUUAAACAGGUGCAACUCUUGGUUUCGGAUAGCGACGUAGAAUCUUACAAACAAAUAAAGGCAGACUUGGAUGUUUUACGCCAAUCUGUCGAAAAAUCUGAGCUUUGGGUAUAUAAAUCCAAGGCGACGGAGGAACACGGAAAUAAGAAGAAAAAAAGUAAAGAAGAGGAGGAUGAAGGCAUAACCCCUCGUAAACCACCUCUAUUAUCUCUAUCGGAUAAACAAGGUUCUGCUAUUGAUUUGGAUAUUGGUCCACCGUUACACGCCGAUCAAGCUGAAGAAUACAAAAAGAUUCAGCAGAUUUUAAUAAGAAUGAAUAAACUGUGUAUUCAAACUCUGCCGGGCGGUCAAGUGAAGGCACGCAAACAUGAACAGAGACUUCUACGCAAUGUCGGGGUACACACCGUCGUUUUGGAUCUUUUGCAAGUUCCGUUCGACACCAAGGAAGAUAUCAGAAUGAACGAGUUAAUGCGUUUGGCGCAUGAUUUCUUGCAAAACUUUUGCUUAUCGAAUCAACAAAAUCAGGUUCUCUUGCAUAAGCAAUUGGAUCUGUUCUUGAAUCCUGGCAUAAGAGAAGCGCAAACAGUAUGCAGCAUCUUCCAAGAUAAUUCUAUGCUCUGCAAUGAAGUCAAUCCAAAUGUCAUACAGCAUUUUGUACAUUGCAUAGAAACGCAUGGAAAACAUGUGCAAUAUUUGAAAUUUUUGCAAACUAUAGUGAAAGCUGAGAAUCAGUUCAUCCGAAAAUGUCAAGAGAUGGUGAUGCAGGAGUUAAUUCAAGCGGGAGAAGAUGUCUUAAUCUUUUACAAUGAUAGAGCUUCCUUUAAUCAUUUUGUGGAAAUGAUGCGAUCUGAAAGACAUCGAAUGGAUGAGAGUAGCCCACUUCAGUAUCAUGUAGAAUUAGUAAAACUUUUAGCUUGCUGCACAAUGGGCAAGAAUGUCAAUACUGAAAUUAAAUGUCACAGUCUUUUGCCUCUAGACGACAUUGUUGCUGUGGUAUCACAUCCAGACUGUAUACCGGAGGUGAAGGAGGCGUAUAUCAAUUUUCUCAAUCAUUGUUAUAUUGACACAGAAGUCGAGAUGAAGGAAAUUUACAACUCAAAUCAUAUGUGGUCCUUAUUUGAAAAAUCUUUUAUUGUUGAUAUGGGUUUAAUUGCCACAUCUACCCACGAUCGACAACAUGCGGAUACAGUCUUAGAAACUUACGUGACGAGUUGUCUAAUGAGUAUUAUAUCCACAUUUUUCAGCAGUCCAUUUUCUGAUCAAAGCACCACUGUGCAGACAAGGCAACCUAUAUUUGUUCAGUUGCUUCAUGCAGCUUUUAAAGUAUCACAAUGCGCAUGGUUAAAUGCUGGACAAAGAUUUAACGUUGAGAAUUGUAUACGAACGUUAUCGGAUGUAGCUAAAGGAAGAGGCAUUGCUAUACCAACUGAUCUGGAAAGCCAAGUAGCUUCUAUGUUUAACAAAGCAGCUAUGCUCAGCAGACAGACCAGUAAAUGGCUACAAGCUACUAAACAACCAAAAAUUGAGCGUAGUCAAAGUCAGAUUAUGCGUUUAGAUCGAAGUAUUAUUGAAGGUCUGCAGGACAUAGUAUGUCUAUUAGAGGAGCAAUUAAAACCAUUAGUACAAUCCGAAUUAUCCUUAUUAGUGGAUAUUCUUUAUCGACCUGAAUUAUUGUUUCCUGCAGCAACUGAUGCCAGAAAGAGAUGCGAAAAUGGUGGCUUUAUCAAAAGAUUAAUUAAGCAUACCGAAAAGCUGUUAGAAGAAACGGAAGAGAAAUUAUGCGUCAAAAUCUUAAGAACGCUUCGGGAAAUGAUGGCUAUCGAUCCUGAGUAUGGAGAAAAGGGAGAUGUAUUGAGGAAUAAUCUUCUGACGCGUUACUUCGGCAAAGGUUUUAUACAGAAACCGGAAAAUGUUGAUAUUGGAGUAUCCCGUUGUGCGACCAUUACCCAUGGUCCAGGAGCGAAGAUAUUAAGCCGAGCCGGUAGAACAUUACACGAAGUGCAAACCCAUCUCGAUCGCGAAGGUGCUUCAGAUUUGGUGGUAGAAUUGGUGAUUAAGAGUGUACAUUCUCCGAGCAUAUUUGUGGAAGCUGUGGAAUUGGGUAUCGCAUUAUUGGAGGGUGGAAAUCCUAUUAUACAAAAGAGCAUGUUUAAUAAACUUAUGGGAGGCGAUUUGAGCCAAUCGUUUUUUAAGGUAUUUUACGAUAAAAUGAAAGAUUCUCAGCAAGAGAUUAAAUCUACUGUGACAGUAAAUACAUCUGAUAUGGCGGCUAAAGCACACGAGGAUAAAGAGGGCAAAGAGGUAGACAAGAUGUCGCGAAAACGUGGAUCAGGGAAGCUCAAUGGAAUGGUAAUAACUGACGAGCUUCAUGAGGAAUUAAAUCAGGUUGCAGUGUCCAAUGCACAGGUAUACGCGAACAUACAAAACGGUCUUGCGCCUGGCGAAGACGUGGCGAAUAAUACGUUAGAAGAUAUAUGUGAAAAAUUGGAUAGGAACAAAAGCGGUAGUGCGUCUGAUGACGAUGAGGGUCAAUUGAGUCCUAAAGUUUUAGUGAUGCAACCGAUUCUGCGUUUCUUGCAACUACUUUGCGAGAAUCACAACAGAGAAUUACAGAAUUUCCUACGGAAUCAAAAUAAUAAAACAAAUUUCAAUCUGGUAUCUGAGACGCUCAUGUUUUUGGACUGCAUCUGCGGCUCUACUACCGGUGGAUUGGGUCUCCUUGGGUUGUACAUCAACGAAUACAAUGUAGCGCUGAUUAAUCAAACUUUGGAAACGUUGACGGAAUACUGUCAGGGACCGUGCCACGAUAAUCAAAACUGCAUCGCCACACAUGAAUCCAACGGUUUAGAUAUUAUAACGGCAUUGAUACUGAAUGAUAUCAAUCCUCUGGAAAAGACCAGAAUGGAUCUGGUAUUGGAAUUAAAGAAUAAUGCUAGUAAAUUAUUGUUGGCAAUUAUGGAGAGUAGAGGUGACAGCGAGAACGCCGAAAGAAUCAUGUACAAUAUGAAUCCGAAACAGCUUGUAGAUGUGGCAUGCAAGGCUUUUCAUCAGGAAUCGCUGGAUGACGUCGGUGACAUUGAUGACUCCUCGACAAACGGAGAGGAAGGAGUGUCGCCCAAAGAAGUUGGGCAUAAUAUCUACAUCUUGUGUCAUCAAUUAGCGCAACACAAUAAGGAACUGGCAGCGAUAUUGAAACCAUCGGAACAGAACAAUGCGGAUCCAAAAAUUAAUAAAGCGUUGCAGUACUAUGCAUCUCAUACAGCUCAAAUAGAGAUUGUGAGACACGACAGAACACUCGAACAAAUUGUUUUUCCUAUUCCGGAGAUCUGCGAACUUAUAACUGUCGAUACAAAAAUAAGAGUACUUAACACUACGGAACGAGAUGACCAAGGGUCGAAAGUUUCCGAUUUCUUCGAAAGGACAGAAGAUAUGUUUAAUGAGAUGAAAUGGCAAAAAAAGCUUAGAGGGCAAUCAAUGUUGUUCUGGAUGAGCAGUUAUAUGUCAUUAUGGAGUAACAUUUUAUUCAAUUGUGCCGUUCUCAUAAAUCUUAUUGUAGCCUUUUUCUAUCCGUUUGUGGAUUCUGUGCCUAAACUCAGUUAUCAUUUGUCAGCUUUAAUUUGGACAGUUAUGCUUGCAUCUGCUGCUAUUGUUAUUACCUUGCCAAGGGAAUCUGGUAUACGUACAUUAGUCGCAUCAACAAUAUUGCGAUUGAUAUUCUCUGUAGGUCCAGAACCAACGUUGUGGUUGCUCGGUUUUGUUACGAUUACAUUUAAAGUUGUACAUCUUAUAAGUAUUAUAGGUAAUCAGGGUACCCUGACUAGAAGUAUAGAGCAAAUAAUAACCAAUAUCGAACUUUUAUAUCACAUAUUGUAUUUAAUAUUCUGUGUUCUGGGGAUUUUUAUGCAUCCGUUUUUCUAUUCAGUUUUACUCUUUGAUGUGGUUUACCGCGAGGAGACUUUGCUCAAUGUAAUAAAAUCUGUAACUCGAAAUGGAAGAUCUAUCAUACUCACUGCUGUGUUAGCCUUGAUUUUAGUUUACAUGUUUUCCAUCAUUGGUUUUAUGUUCUUUAGAGACGAUUUUCUCGUUCCUGUGGAUGAGGAAGUUAUAUCUUCCAUUGAGCAGGAAGUUGCAGAUACUUGUAGCAUUGGUGACAAGGAAAAAUGUGAAGCAACAGAGACUAUAUCACGAUAUGGUCGCGAAGCAAAUGAAAAAGAAGAUAAAGCUGAGAUGAUUAGCGUUGGCGGAGAGUUGAAGGAACGAUCUUGUGAUUCACUCGUUAUGUGUAUCGUUACCACAUUAAAUCAAGGGUUGAGGAACGGUGGUGGAAUUGGAGAUGUUCUACGCGCACCAUCCAGCAUCGAACCUUUGUUCGUUGCAAGAGUUGUGUACGACUUGCUAUUCUUCUUCAUUGUGAUAAUUAUCGUUUUGAAUCUCAUCUUUGGUGUGAUUAUUGAUACAUUUGCGGAUCUUAGAUCGGAGAAACAGCAGAAGGAAUUGAUUUUAAAAAAUACUUGUUUUAUUUGUGGUUUGAAUAGAUCAGCUUUUGAUAACAAAACAGUUUCCUUUGAAGAACACAUAAAGCAUGAGCAUAACAUGUGGCAUUACCUCUACUUCAUUGUUUUGGUGAAGGUGAAAGACCCGACAGAAUUCACAGGCCCGGAAUCAUAUGUUUAUGCCAUGGUUAAGGAUCGAAAUCUGGAAUGGUUCCCGAGAUUACGGGCCAAGUCAUUGGCGGCGGAUGAAGGUGAAGGUGAGCAAGUGGAAUUAAGAAGUUUACAGUCGCAAUUAGAAUCCACGCAGCAGUUAGUUAAAUGUUUGUCGCAUCAACUCAUGGAGCUUCGUGAUCAGAUGACGGAGCAACGAAAGCAAAAGCAGCGAUUGGGGCUUCUGAAUUCUGCUUCUGCAGUCUUACAUAAUGUACCCACGUAAACUUAAGGUGUAUUUGUAAUUUCCGUCUUAUUCCGGACGAAUCUCAGUUUGAUACUCCAAGAUAAUAUAUGUAGCGAUAUUCAUGUGUUCUUAACAGGCAUUUAAAGACACGAGAAUGAAUCGAGUGGGUAACCCGAGGCAUUUUUACGGUUUUGUUCCUAAUUUUAAUGAAAGUAAAAUACACCUAGGGCAUUAAACAUUAUCAUUCUCUUUUUCAUCAUAUAGGCUUUCGACCUGGUUUAUCGAUUAACCAUCAAGGAAUCUCUAUGUACCGUAAAUUGCAUUGUUUACCAAUGUAUAAAUAUUGUUACAUAAAUAGAGAGAAGAAUUAAGCGUAUCCAUUAAUGUAGUAAAAGAGAUAUAAAUUAAAACUUCCAAUUACUAUAUAAAAUGUCGUAAGGUAAUAUUCUAAUAUCUUAGAAUAUUCUUCUUUUUUUAUAUGUGAUUAAUCCACUAUGUUUUAGUUACGCUACUAUAAUUUAGAUGUAUUCAUAUAUAUGGAUACAUUAAAUAAAGAUUUUAGUAUCGGAAUUUUACAACAAUUACAAAUUUUAUAUAUAUUUCUGUUUUGUGUUAUUAAAGCCGUGAUUGUUUAUGAAAUUUUUUUUUCGUAAAUUAUAAAGAUUUUUUAAACAAAAUAUAUGAUUAAAAUAUCUUUAUAUAUACAUUUGUAAAAUCGUGUGUGUGUACAAACUUUCUGUAUUAUAUAUAUUUAACUUGUAUGUAUAUUGUGUAUAUAUAUGCAUAUAUAUACAUAUAUAUAUAUAUAUAUACUAUGUAUAUCUGUUUGUUUGGGAAUAAUUCUUUCAUUGUCGGUAUCACAUUCUUUACAAUUAUACAUAAUCGAUUAUUUCUUUCUUCAUAUAUGUAAAUAAAACAACAUAUGAAAUUGUUUAAAACAUAUAUCUUAGCAAUUAUGAAUAUUUAAUUUUAUAAUAACAAUAACACGCUCAAAAAUUUCAAUUUUGUAAAAGCUAAUAUUGAAAUUUAUAUUGUGAAAUGUAUGUGUUAUACACUAUUAAUGAUAAUUUGCAAUGCGAUCAAAAAAUGUAUGUGCAAAUUAAAAUUUGUACCUGCGAAUCAGAUGAGAUCGUUCGUUCAAUUGUUUGUGAAGAUGAUCGUGAUCGUGGAUAUAUCACGAUAUUAUUAAUAUAAUUAACGAAAACACGGUAAUUAAUAGGGAUCAAUCGACUAUAUUGCAAUACGCGUAUAGAAAAAAUUUUUUGAAAUUUUAGAUAUUCUAUAAAUGGACGAAUUUCAAAAUGUUGAUAUCCAAUUAUUUAUUGUUAAUGUAUAAAAUGAUAGUUUAUAUAUCGUAAAUUUUAAUCAAGUUGUGUUAUAUUACAAUGUAAGUACAUGACACUUGAAUAUUGCGUUGUAUGUUAUUAUAGAGAUUUAAUUCAUGUCUUUAAAAUAAUUUUUGAGAUUUUUGUCUACAUACAUAUAUAUAUAGAUAUAUAAUAUGUAACUUUAUAUUUCUUUCUAAUGUAAUAUGGAAAAAAAAUAACGUAAUGUAUAUAUUUUAUUAGAUUUUAAAAUUAUCUAGAGAUGAAAUGAUGUCGUUUAGAUUAUAUAAAGCAUUUUUCUUAUCUCCUAUUGUAUUUAUAACAGUCUUCUCAAAUUUUCCUUAUUUUAUGUCAGAUAUUAUACUGUUAGAUCUUUAAAUGAAUUCAAAUAAUACCUAUUGAAAUAUGUUUCUUCUAAUAUCUGUUACGUCUAAUAUCUUGCGCGCGUGCGAUCUUAUUAUAUACUAUACAUAAUUACAUUAUGGAUGUAGAUGCAUUCUUACUUACAUGUGUGAAUAAAUUAUGUUUUUUCUUAAUGAA